ACGGUUGCCGUUUUUCACCGUGAAUGAUAGGUAUACGGCCGUUUACGGCUCAGGUUGAUCGACCUGGGUUCAUAUUGAUGAACUCCAUCGAGAAAAUGAUAGUGCAAGAAAGAUGAAGUUAUUGCCUGAAAUGAACACUGAUUGUUUUGAAGCAAAUAUUGCUAUUUAUUUAUGUCUUAUAAAAGCUUUGACUAAGCUUGGUAUAUUAGAACAAGCUCAAGCGCUUAUUCAACAAAUUCCAAGUUCUGUUCGUGUUGAUCAUCGGAUUCGAAAUGCAUUGAUUCAUAUGUGGGGUAAAGUUGGUUCUGUGGAUAAAGCAAAACGAAUAUUUGACAAAAUAUCUCAACCGGAUCACAUUGGAUGGACAGCGAUGAUUAAUUCUUAUGGUUUAAAUGGAAUGGGUGAUGAAGCAGUGAAACUAUUUUAUCAAAUGCCGAAAGAAUCCAUUGAUCAUUUAACUUACAUUUGUGUUUUGAAUGCAUGUUCACAUUCAGGACUUGUUGAUGUAGCUCGCUCAAUCUUCAAUAAUAUUCAAACGAAAACAGAAAUAAUAUAUACAACAAUGAUCGAUUGUCUUAGUCGUAGAGCUGCCUUUGAAGAAGCACAGCAAUUAAUUGAGCAAUUUGAACGUGAUCAUGCACCUGCAAUAACCAUCUAUAUGCCAUUAUUAUCAGGUGCUCGCAAUCAGAAAUAUAGUAAACUAUCACAGGAAGUUGUUGAUCGUAUGCAAAAGCUUUUCCCUAACAUGAAAGAUUCAUUGGUGGCAGCUUCGAUUCUGUUGGCUAACGUUUAUGCAUCAUCAGGUGACAUUGGAAAAGCAACAGAUAUUAAAAUCGAGUUGCAUAAAUCAGGUGCUAAAAAACGAAUUGGUGUAACGGUGACUGAUAUCGAUGGAAAACUCUGGAAAUUUCGAGCGCAUGAUCGAUCACAUGCUGAAUCUGCGGAAAUCCACGAACAAGUUGAUCGAAUGUCAAAAAGAAUCAUUGAACAUGGGCAUAAGUACGAUGCAAGUUGGAUUGUAAGACCGAUGGAACCUGAUGAAACAAUUGAAACACUUCUUUGUGGGCACAGCGAACGACUCGCUAUGGCUGCACAUUUCAUCCGUAAUCGAAAACCCAAACGCAUUCAAAUGACGAAAAACCUUCGCAUAUGCGGUGAUUGUCAUGAAGUAACUAAAUUAGUUGCUUUGAUUUAUCAAUGUGAAAUAGUGGUUCGUGACGCAAAUCGUAUACACCAUUUUCAUUUGAAUGGACAAUGCUCAUGCCAAGACUAUUUCUAA